AGGAGGUGGGGGAGGAGUAGUCCAAAUCGUGAGUUUCCUUGAAGGUGCCACAGCCCAGCACCCACAGUGUUUUCCAGACACUCAGACUGGAAGGAUCCUCCCCUUGAGGAACUCCUCUGCGUAGCCAGGUGCAGUUGGCUUCCGUCAUGAUCAGUACGUUGGACGAGCUGUUAGCGGAGCUAGGCACCGGCUGGUGGGACGUCAUCCAUUAUGUGGUUGCCAUAUUCUGUUUGAGCCUACCUGCCAGCCAGGCGCUUGGGGGAGCGUUCUAUGCACCUGCCGUGGAUUACACCUGCGUCCCGACGGCGCCCUCUGCAGCGUCGGAGACGGGCGCCGAAGGAGGUGGAGGUGGAGGUGGAGGGCCUUCAUCCUGGAGGCUCAAGGACCCAGCACCCGAAAACAGCACCGCCCUGAAUCGCUGUAGCUACUUGAUGGAGAAUGUACAGACCGGGGAAGUCAUUGAGGAAUCCUGCAGCGAGUGGCUGUUCGACAAUUCCACCUUCGCCACAACUGUGACCUCGGAGUUUCAGCUGACCUGCGACAGAGCGUACUUACGAGCCACCUACCAGAGUAUCUACAUGCUUGGGAUGUUUAUAGGGGCUCUCAUCAGUGGAUUUGCUGCAGACAGGUUUGGUCGGAAAGCUACGCUCGUCGUCGGCCUUCUUUCAUUCAUGAUUUUGUCGAAUGUGUCGUGCUUGUUGCCGAAUCUGUCAGUAUUGCUCUUCUCUCGCUUCUUGUUGGGUUUCACUAUGCCUUUCAUCUCCAACAUCAGUUACAUUCUGGUCGUGGAGAUUUCGGAACCUCGCCUGAGACCUCACCUUGGUAUUCUCAUGAUGCUUCCCUGGGCCUUCGGUAUGAUGAUAUUGGGAGGCAUUGCAUACCUCAUCAGGGAGUGGAGGUGGCUUCAGUUCACGGUGUCAAUACCUGGGGUACUUGUUUUACCUUUCCUGUGGAUGAUGGACGAAUCUCCAAGAUGGCUGGCAGUGACUGGCCGACACGAGCGUGCCUUGGAGGUGCUGAAAAAGGCAGCAAGACUGAACAGAACAUCUUUGCCUGGUAAUGAAAAGGUCCUCGCCAUCCUAAGAGAGAGCAAGGAGGAGGAAUCCGUAAAUCCGCGACAAGAGAAGAAAGGGAUAAAAGUAAUGAUACAAGAACAAUUGGCCAGCCUGAGUAUUCUCCUCAGGACACCGAAACUCCGUCGAACAACACUGGCCCUCUACUGCUCGUAUGUCAUCGUCAACAUGAGCUAUUACGGCCUCUCCCUCAGCGGCGGGAAUUUGAGCAACGACCCCUUCGUCUUCAUGGUCCUCUCGGGCCUGAUGGAGGUCCCAGCCUACUCCCUGACGGUGCCCCUCGUGGCCCACUUCGGACGACGCAUGCCCACGCUCGUCAGUUUUGCCCUCAGCGGCGUCGCUCUCUUGGCUAUAGCUCCGACGCCUCCAAGUCACGGAUGGCUCGUGAUGACCCUGGCGAUGGUGGGGAAGGUGUGCAUCGCCUCGGCCUACCAGAUCCUGAUCUUCUACUCGACCGAGCUCUUCCCGACGGAGGUUCGGAGCCGGGGCGUCGGCACCUGCUUCAUGAUCUCCCGCCUCGGCUCUAUCGUCUCGCCCUUCAUCAAUGAGAUCCUGGGGUCAGUCUACCCAUGGGCACCGUCUGCCGUCUUUGGCGCCACAGCCUUCGUAGCGGGUCUCGUCAUGCUGAUGCUGCCGGAAACGAUGGGCGUCGCGCUUCCAGAAACCGUGGCAGAAUUAGAAGCCAGAGAUAUGCCAAGUAAAAAGAGGUCUUGGCUACGUAUUCCAACAUCUGAGGAAAAAGGUGGAGAUAAGCAGCAGGAAGUGUUAUGAAGGUUGACAGCUGCAGACAGCAGGCAAAAAAAUGACAACAAACAACAAAAAAACAAAAAAAAAACCGUCAGUGAAACCUCAAGAGGGAGAAUUUAUGAUUUGUAAUCUAGCAAAGAGAGAGAUUCCGAAUUCCACUACAACCUUUGCAAAGUAUUGCCUCACGAGGUAGGCUGUUAUAUGAAGAGCAUGCAAAUAAAUUUCAUUGUUUCCAGUA